AUGCCACCUCAACCGGAGCCCGAGAAUGAGACCAAGGCGAAUUCCUCGGAUGUUCGAAUCGACAAUAUGGAGAAGUACCUUCAAAGCCUUGCAUCAACCGUCUCCACUCUCCAUGAUGCGGUCAAGGGCGUACCUUCAAUCCAAGCUUCCCUUAAAUGCCUCGAGACUCAAGUGGGGCAACUUGGGACUUCACUCGGUGAGAUGCAAAAGAGCAAGAUAAAAGACAUGCUCCCGAGCCAACCCGAGCAUGUCAAUGCUAUCUCGGUGUUGAGGAGUGGUAGAAAAGUUGAUAACCAUGUGGAGAUGCCUAAGGAGAAUGAGGUGGAGGAGACUCUUGUCGAGGAGGAGGAUGAACCAAUUGAGGAUAUUGAGGUUUCGAAGAGUAAAACCAAUGUUGAUGAGGGGGUCGGGAAGGAGAAGUUGAAGAUGGAGGCACGUGAAGGCUUACACAAGACGGCUACACCUUAUAAGCCACCGGUCCCUUACCCGAGCCAUUUGCACAAUACCAAGAAGGAGCGUCAAUUCAAGGACCUCUACAACAUGCUCUCAAAGGUAAACGUCAAUCUCCCACUAUUAGACGUUAUCAAGAACGUCUCGGCUUAUGAACAAUUUUUCAAAGACUUAGCAUCGAAGAAGCGGAGAUUUGAGGACAACGAAAAAGUCAUGAUUUCCGAGGUAGCUUCUACCACUACACCUCGGAAAGAGUGCGAUCCAGGAGCUUUUGUGAUGGGGAUCACUUUUGGGAAUGGUAAGGCGACGACCGGGAUGCUUGAUUUGGGGGCCGGUAUCAAUCUUAUGCCCUAUUCGAUUUACAAACAUUUGGGUUUGCAAGGGCUCAAGCCGACCCGGAUGUGCCUACAACUAGCGGAUCAAACGUUGAGGCAACCGAAAGGUAUUAUUGAGGAUGUAUUGGUCAAAGUUGGGUCCAUUGUUGUGCCGGCGGAUUUCGUGGUCGUUGACGUGGGAGAUAUUCCGAAUACCGAAAAAGAGCACAUUAUCUUGCUUGGGCGACCUUUCAUGGCGACGACCAACACGCAUAUCGAUGUCAAGGAUGGACGAGUCACUCUUUCGGCUCAUGGAGAGACAGCUACCUUCACGAUGAACAAUGCCCGAGAAGCUCCACCCAAAGUUGGUCAAUGCUUGUUUGUGGAGGAUAUCUACAAAAAGGUACAUCCCAACUCUCACUCUAAGUUUUCUAAUUAUAAUGGUGUUGGUGAGAAGAAGAAGGUAAAGGGGUCGGGAAUAAAUGUGGAUGAUGAGUUUGUGGUGAAAUUUGAGUUGAGUAUGUAA